AUGAAGAUAAUCUCUCUGCGAAAUGGUAUUAUUCCCUUAUUCUCUUUCUUUGAUGUUUCCCAUUCUUGUUCUGCAAUUAGAGUUUAUUAUUCAAGUCAUAGUAAUGCAUCCAUUUCUGCAAAGGGUAAACUUGGGUUAAAUACCAAGAUUGAGAAUGUCAAGUGCUUAGAUGAUGCUGUUACUCUCUUCCAUCAAUUGGUUAGAAUGAAGCCUCUUCCUUCAGUUGUCAGCUUCUCUAAAUUAUUUAAAACUAUACUAACUAUGAAGCAUUACUCUUCCGUUGUUUCCCUUUUUGGAGAAAUGCAGAAAUUGGGUGUCCCAAUUAAUGGAUUUAUCUUGAGUAACGUGAUUAACAGUUACUGCCUGAUGCAUCGUGCUGAUUGUGCGUUUUCGGUGUUACCCAUUUACUUGAAGAAUGGCAUUCCAUUUAAUAAUGUCACCUUUACCACCCUAUUAAGGGGAUUAUUUGCUGAAAAUAAAGUCAAAGAUGCAGUUGAAUUGUUGAAAAAGUUGGUCAGAGAGAAGAUUUGUGAGCCUAAUGAAGUCAUGUAUGCAACAGUCAUGAAUGGUCUUAGCAAAAGGGGUCAUACUGAGAAGACUUUGAGUUUGCUCCGGUUAAUGGAAAAAGGGAGCACUAAGCCCAACAUAAAGAACUACAACAUUGUGAUAGAUGCGCUUUGCAAAGAUGGAAACUUAGAUGCUGCUAUCAGCCUUUUGAAUGAGAUGAAGCAGAAAGGCAUUCCUCCGGACAUAAUCACUUAUAAUUCAUUAAUUGAUGGUUUGUGUAAGCUUGGUCAGUGGGCAAAGGUUAGAACUUUCUUCUCUGAGAUGGUAAAUCUUAAUAUUUAUCCUAAUGUGCGCACCUUUAACAUGAUGAUUGACGGACUAUGCAAAGAAGGGAAAGUUGAAGAUGCCGAGGAAGUAAUGAUACACAUGGUCGAAAAAGGUGUAGAGCCUGAUGUAAUCACCUACAAUGUGAUAAUGGAUGGACAUUGUUUGUGUGGUCAAUUGGAUAGAGCGAGGAGAGUUUUUGAUUCCAUGAUAGACAAUAACAUUGAACCUGACAUUAUUAGCUAUAACGUACUAAUAAAUGGAUACUGUAAGAAAAAGAAAUUGGGCGAGGCCAUGCAAUUGUUUGGUGAAAUUUCUCAAAAGGGAUCAAAACCUAAUAUCUUUACCUACACUACUAUCUUGCAAGGUCUUUUUGAAGUUGGAAGAAUUGGAUCUGCUAGAAAAAUUUAUGACGAGAUGUUGUCUGUGGGGCCCAUUCCUAAUCUAUACACCCAUGUCACAUUGCUCAAUGGUUAUUUGAAGUACGGACUUGUUGAAGAAGCAAUGUCACUCUUUAAUAAGUUGGACAGUGAGAUAGAAUAUACUAGUAUUGUAUUUUACGAUGUUGUGAUUAAUGGGUUGUGCCAAAAUGGUAAACUCCAUGAAGCUCAUGCGAUUUUCGAGAAGGUUUCUUUAAUGGGAUUGCUUCCGGAUGUGAGAAUAUACAAUACUAUGAUAAAUGGAUUUUGUCGAGAAGGGUUGUUGGAUGAAGCUAAAGCUAUGCUAAGAAAAAUGGAGGACAACGGUUGUUUGCCGAACAAUGUCACUUACAAUGUCUUUGUGCAAGGAUUUCUCAGGUGUAACAAAAUUAGUGAAAUGGCAACUUUUAUGAAGGAAAUGACGGGAAGGGGCUUCUCAUUUGUUGCAACUACAGCUGAGUUAUUGGUAAAUGUUAUAAGGGAGAAUCCUUCUGUCUUUGACAUGAUACCAGAGCUUCACGCGGAAAAUAAGAAGUGAAUAUUUCUUUUGUUUGGUUUAUUUGGCUAUGCUAACAACUACAACAACAUACCCAGUGUAAUCCCACUAUCGCUGUGAUACAUUUUCCUUUUUAUCCUUGCAAAAGAAAUGGCAUCCAAUGCAAUUGCAGAACCUGACGGCAAUUAGAAUGUUGCUUGAGCUUUCUCGGGAGGCUUAUUUAGGAGGUACAUCAAUUUUGAUAUUUUGAUUUUCUUCCUGUCAUCUUUCUCUUAGAAAUUAAUUGUUAUUUCACUCUUAAUGGUAAGUAUACAGAUCAGAGAAGAAAGAAAUAAUGGUGACUUUCCUUAUGUGUACACCGUAUAAGUGUGGUAAUAACAAUUUUAGUGCUAUUUAGUUAUCUUCAGCUAUUAUCAUUUCUUAUUGUUUUUAGAAUCAAUAACAACUGCAUGUAUCUAAGAAAUUGCUUGGGAAUCAAUCUUUGCAGUAUUUUCCAAAGUCGUAGAUACAUCAUCCAUAAAUGGAACCCCAUCCUUCUGUCAAACCUGAUAGGAUAUACUAUAGAUGAAUGGUUGACAUCAUAUUCAAUUA